AUGACCUCGCCCACUGCAGGGGAUCUACCCUCCAAUCGCGAGACUCGGAUCCCAGAUCCUCGCCAUAAGGACCCGGAUGCGCCCCUGCCGAUCGAGGAGUCUGCUGGGCUCGGCAACGACCUCGAUGAGUCGGAGCCACGGCAUAUCGCAGACGAAGAGGACCUGGAGGCUUCACGACCCCGCCAUGCUUGGCAGGCCCGCUGGCGGGGCAUCUGGGUCCAGUACAAGGGUCUGGUGCUGGUGACGCUGGCGCAGGCAUUUGCGGCAUCGAUGAAUGUCAUGACCCAAGUGCUGGAGAUCCAUAGCUCUAUGCACCCGUUCCAGGCAGGCUACUAUUCCUCUUAUCAACUACCCGGUAUUUUCUAUAUUAUGCGUGUUCUUUUCGCCCGCAUGUCCAUCACGGCUGUGGCCAGCUACUUCUACAUGUGGUACGCGCACGUCCCCGCGCCAUUCGGGACGCGGCCGGUGCUCGGGCUUCUCCUGGCACGCGCGGUCAGCGGGUUCCUGGGCGUCUACGGGCUGUACUACUCGGUUCAGUACCUGCCGCUGUCCGAGGCAACGGUGAUCACCUUCCUCGCCCCGAUCUUGACCUGCUACGCGUGCUCGUUCCUGAUCCCCGGCGAGACGUUCUCGCGGCGCCAGCAGCUGGCCGGCGUGGUGUCACUCGUGGGCGUGGUGCUGAUCGCACGUCCAUUCCAGAAGCGGCCGUCGCCCACUGCAGCCACGGUACUGGGGGUGGUGCCACCACCGUCAUUGCCAUUGUCGCUGACCGCUAAUGCCGAGGACAGCCCCGGUGCCGUGGACUCGUACCACCACAUCAUGGCGACAAUAGUAGCCUUUAUGGGUGUGUUCGGAGCCGCAGGUGCCUACACGUGCAUUCGCAUGAUCGGGAGGUGUGCACACCCACUCGUGUCGGUGACGUACUUCUCCAGCGCGACGACAGUGAUUUCGCUGAUCGCGAUGGCGGCCGUGCCAUCGAUCCCGUUCCGGCUGCCGAGUACCAGCACCGAGUGGGCGCUGCUGACGGGGCUGGGUGUGUGUGGGUUUUUAUUGCAGUACCUCUUGACCGCGGGCCUGGCGUAUGAGCCGCCCGUCGAGGGGUCUCGCAAGGCAGGCCAGGGGUCCCGGGCGACGGCGAUGGUAUACACGCAGAUGCUGUUUGCGUUCUUCUACGACAAGGUGGUCUGGGGUAGCACGCUGUCGCCAGUGAGCUGGGCGGGGUCGGCGCUGAUCCUGGGAUGUGCCAUGUAUGUGGCGGUGGCGCAGGAGGGGCGGCCCGCGCAGGAUCAUGACGAUCGCGAGGCUUACAAGGACGACGAGGGGGAAUGCGGGGUGCAUUGA